AUGGCUGAUUACCAGUACGAUCAACGCCGAUAUGGCCCAUCGUCCAACAAUCAGCGAGAUGCCGCUUUCUCUAAUAUCUUCGGUUCUCAUCCCCCGCCCGGUCGAACUGGUACCAUGACCUCAUCGUCUCCGAACAUGCCGCCGCCGCCGCAAGAUGGGAGGACCCAGACAAUGUCCUCUCUCUCGUCCAAUAUGUCUAGUAUGUCACCCGAUAUGCAGCGCCGACCCCCUCCACGACCUCAGCGAACAGGAGGUUACGAAGAGGCAGUAGCGCCCCGAACUAGAACAAUGGACACGAGUAUCGCGAAUGGAUAUUAUCAAAGUCAACGAAAUCCAUCCGGAGGGUACCCACCUCAGGGGCAAAGUCAAUAUGGGAGGCCGCCGAUGCCCCCUGGACCGAACCAAAGACCGUAUCCUGGCCCACCUCCGCAAGGACCCCCGCAGGGACCUCCUCGGUUCGAAUCGAGAGGACCGCCUCCGUCCGGUUACCCUCCGCGAAAUCCAGGACCAAGAUAUUAUCAAGGCGGACCCGGACCUGGACCUGGACCUGCCCCUGCUAUGCGUGACGAUCCUUAUCGCUCCCAAUCUCUCGCAAGUGUACCCCGUCAACCUAUGUACCAGUCGCCCUCUGGCUCGUAUCAAUCUCCCCAGAAUAACUAUCGACCGCCUCCGAAUAAUCCUAUGUCCCGAACAACGGCGCAAGGUCGAGUAGUUCCCGAACGCCAUGAUGACCGAUCAAUGUCCAUGACUGGAUACCCCCCAGAACGCGAUGCUCACCAGAUGAUGAGCGGCCGAGUAAUCCCCAAUCGUUCGAGGGCCCCCUCAAACGAGACACCUACUAUGAACGGCAAUGGUGGAUAUCCUGGAUACAAUGGGUAUGCUCCUGCGCCUGGGAGCGCAACAAGGACGAUGAGCAUGGCUUCGUCAACUGUUGCUGGCGACCACAGUCGUACCAUGUCAAUGGCUAGUACCAUUGUCCCGGAGACUUCUGAACAGGCUCGUCAGCAGUUGGCGCAACAGUCGCAGUCACAACCGCAGCAGCUAGUGCAUCGACCAUCUAUAUCUUCCAGAUCGAUUGAAGGCGAACGACCACCUACGGCCAAGAUACGGCCACCUUUGGUAUACCCCGCGCUUCUCUCGAGGGUGGCUGAAUGUUUCCGGCAGAAGAUAAUUACAGGCGAGCGAACGAAGAACGAGCUGACGUACAAGAAUGCUUUCAGCGGUUCCGAGGCUGUUGAUGUUCUAUCAUACAUCAUCAGGACUACUGACAGGAAUCUAGCUUUGCUCUUGGGUCGAGCUCUCGAUGCGCAAAAGUUCUUUCACGAUGUCACUUACGAACACCGAUUACGAGACUCACAGUCUGAGAUGUACCAAUUCAGGGAGACGCUUAUGGAUGAACCGGAGGAGAAGCACCCGGUUAAUGGUGUAUUUGUCUUGCUAUCUGAGUGUUAUUCCCCGACUUGUACAAGGGACCAACUCUGUUAUUCAAUUGCAUGUCCCCGAAGGUUGGAGCAGGUAUCUCGACUAAAUCUCAAGCCCCAGGUAGGAUUAAGAAAGGAUCAAGAUGCUACCAUCAACGACGACGCGGACCAGACCGACGAGCAAAAGCUCUGGAUCAACACUGUUCCCAAAGAGAUUGCCGAAAGUGUCGGCGACAGAGAAAAGAAGAGGCAAGAGGUCAUUUCUGAAAUUUGCUACACCGAGAGAGACUUCGUCAAGGAUCUCGAGUAUCUCAGGGAUUUCUGGAUCUUGCCGCUGCGCUCCAAAGGGUCGCCGAUUCCUGCCCCGAGAAGGGACAAGGUUGUCCAGAACAUUUUCAGCAACAUCAUCGACAUUCCAAGUAUCCAUUCAGUCAGCUCUAGGUUUGCGAAGGCUCUAACAGAAAGGCAACAAAAGAACCCUGUCGUCAGGAACCUCGGUGACAUUUUCUUGGAAAUUGUCCCUCAGUUUGAACCAUUCAUUCUCUACGGUUCCAAGCAACUGGAAGCCAAGUUUGAAUUCGAGAAUGAACGAUCGAGCAACCCGUACUUUUCCAAAUUCGUCGAAGAGAUCGAGAGGAGGAAAGAAUCAAGAAAGCUAGAGUUGAACGGUUAUCUAACAAAGCCCACGACAAGAUUGGCUCGUUAUCCACUGCUACUAGAAAACGUCUUGAAGUACACGGAGGAUGGCAACCCUGACAAGGAGGAUAUCCCGAAGGUUCUAGUCACGAUCCGCGACCUGCUAAGCAGAGUCAAUGCCGAGUCAGGCAAAGCAGAAAACCGUUUCAAUUUACGCCGCCUACACGAGCAACUCAAAUUCCGACCCGCCGAUCGUGUUGACCUUAAGCUGACAGAAGAUGGACGCGAGUUGGUUUUCAAGACUCAGUUCAAGAAGACCCCUACGGACCCUACCGAUAUCACGGCCUUCCUCUUCGACCACGCUGUUCUCCUGGUACGAAUAAAACAAGUCGGCAAGGGUGAAGAAGUGAAGGCUUAUAGGAGACCGAUUCCGUUGGAGCUACUUUCAAUCAAGGAAAUGGACGAAGUCAUCCCUCAGGCGGGUGUAAAACGAGCUUCUUCGAAUUUGCCAUUCCGUGGUAAGGAUAACGAUAAAAAGACGCCAGAAGGUUGGCCCAUAACCUUCCGUCACUUGGGCAAGAAUUACUACGAGCAGGUUCUGUAUGCUUCAAAUCAGACGGCAAGGAAAAAGUGGCUGGAAUUCAUUGACUCGGCUCAACAACGUCUCCGAGCCCGAGCUGAUUUCUUUAAUGUCAAUACCCUCUCUUCUGGCUUCUUCCAGUCUGGCAAUUUGGUCAAUACUGUAACACCUUUUGACGGUGGUCGCAAACUCAUAUACGGUACUGAUCACGGCAUCUACGUUUCGGACCGAAAGGUUAAGGACCAAGUACCCAAACGUGUUAUCGAAGCACAGCACGUUACCCAGGUCGACGUAUUGGAAGAAUACGGUCUCUUGCUAGUGCUAUCGAACAAAACGAUGUCGUCGUACUCACUUUCAGCUCUAGACCCCAACGAACCGGCGCUCGCGAAGAGGCCGAAGAAGAUCCAGAGCAAUUGCAACUUCUUCAAGACAGGUAUCUGUCUAGGUAGGCAUCUUGUCUGUUGCGUCAAGUCUAGUGCGCUUUCGACAACGAUCAAGGUGUACGAGCCCAACGAUUCAAUGUCCAAGGGCAAGAAACAGAAGGGCUUCGGUAAGAUGUUUAACGCCGGCCAAGACGAAUUGAAGGCAUUCAAAGAAUUUUACAUCCCGACCGAGUCGUCAUCUGUCCAUUUCCUCAAGAGCAAGCUCUGUGUAGCAUGCGCUAGAGGGUUCGAGGUUGUUUCGCUUGAAACUCUCGAAACACAAUCGUUGCUGGACCAGGCCGACACUUCACUUGACUUUGUUGCAAGGAAAGAGGGUGUCAAGCCAAUCCACAUAGAACGACUCAACGGAGAGUUCUUACUUAACUACUCGGAGUUCUCAUUCUUCGUUAAUAGGAAUGGCUGGAGGGCGAGACCAGAGUGGCGUAUUGAUUGGGAGGGAACACCGCAAGCCUUCGCAUUGUCUUACCCGUGGAUCCUGGCGUUCGAGCCAAACUUCAUCGAGCUUAGGAAUAUCGAAAGUGGCGCGGUCCAUAUUGUUCCGCAUAAGAACAUUCGGAUGCUGCACAGUAGUACGCAUGAGAUCUUGUUUGCAUACGAAGAUGAAGCUGGUGGCGACAUUAUCGCAGCUCUCGACUUCUGGAAGAGCAACCGAAAGUCGGAACUGCUUGCUCCAUGA